UUGAGUGAAAACAGAAAGUAUGGCUGACUCCAGCACUGAGGAGGGACCGGUGAUUGGAAAAACAGAUGAAGCAGCUGUUGAUGUGGAGAACAACACAACUAACACGAUGGUGGAGGAAGGCAUGAGGCUCUUGAACAAGAUGGAGAUCAGUGUCGCUGAGGCAGAAAAGAGGAUGGGGAAGAACACAGUCAGCAUGGCGGAGACUCACACUGUUUACCUUAUAGAAACGCGGCCUGUUGAGGUGGCAGCAGAAUGUCAAAACACCCCUCCUGACUGCCUGUGGAGACGGUACAGUGAGUUUGAGCUUCUGAGGAACUAUCUGUUAGUGACCUAUCCAUUUGUCGUGGUCCCCCCGUUGCCUGAGAAAAGGGCUGAAUUUAUGUGGCACAAGUUGUCAUCAGAUAACAUGGACCCCGAUUUUGUGGAGCGGCGGAGAGUUGGACUCGAGAACUUUCUGCUUCGUGUGGCCUCUCACCCGGUCCUCUCCAAUGACAAGAUCCUCUACAGCUUCCUUAAGCAGGAAAAUGGAUGGAAAGAGAUGGUACUUGAGACAGGAUUUCAGGCAAAGAUUGAUUCAAGGCUGAAGACUCUGAAUGCAACCUUCAGGGUGAAAAACCCAGACAAGCGCUUUUCAGACCUGAAGCAUUACAGCGACGAUCUGCAGUCUGUCACAUCUCGGCUGCUCCGAGUGCGCGCUAGAGUUGCUGAUCGACUGUAUGGUGUCUACAAAGUGCAUGGAAAUUAUGGAAGGGUUUUCAGUGAGUGGAGUGCUAUAGAGAAGGAGAUGGGAGACGGACUGCAGAGUGCUGGGCACCACAUGGACGCGUAUGCUUCCUCAAUUGAUGAUAUACUGGAGGAAGAGGAGCAUUAUGCAGACCAGUUGAAGGAAUACAUGUUUUAUGCUGAAGCUUUAAGGGCGGUGUGCAGGAAGCACGAGCUGCUGCAGUAUGAGCUGGAGACGGCUGCCCAGGACCUGGCGUCCAGGAAGCAGCAGCACGAGGAGCCGGCUACUGGGACUGUACGAACCUUCUCCUUUAAAGAGAUGACCACUAAGCUUUUUGGCCUGGAGACAGCAGAACAGAGGGAGGCCAAGCUCAAAGUGCUGGAAGAGCAGAUUGCCGAGGGUGAGGAGCUGGUCAAAGAGAAGACCACUGAGUGCAAUGAAUUUGUGAAGAAUGCCUGGGAGGACAUUGAACAUUUCAGGGAGCAGAAGGAUCGGGAUUUGAAGGAAGCUCUGAUCAGUUACGCCGUCAUGCAGAUCAGUGUGUGUAGGAAGGGAAUUCAAGUAUGGUCCAAUGCUAAAGAAUGCUUCAACAAGAUGUGAAGUUCUGGUUGCACCCUGGCCCACACUACCUAUGCAAGUGCAGCAAAGUCCAGCAUCAGAGCUGUGCUACAGUCAUCAUGGAAGUGCAUUCCAAAAGACAGACUGUGGAAGCUCUUGAAGCAUAUUUGAGAACGCUUGUUUUUCACAGAAAAGAAUGAAUGAAUGAACGAAUGAAUGUAAACUUUUUUCAUGCACUAAAUUAGCAAGGUGUUUCUGUGCUUCAGAAAACAUUCCAUAUUCAGGUCUCAUGAUCAGAUUAUUAUUUUUUAAAUAUAAAUUGAUUUUUCUGUGGUCAGGUGGGAUAGAAAACAUAAUUCCUGGAAGACA